CGGGUUGGGAAACGCAGUAACGGUUAUUUCAGCUCGUUUGUGCGCUGCCUGUUUAUGUGUGUGCUCGUUGGGGAAUGGCUAGCGCAGUUAGCUAACGUUAGCCGACUCAAACACAGCCAGGCUGUUUGCUACAAGGCCGUCAUUUAAAGCCAGUAACCACAGGAGGAGAUGAUUUGAAACCUGUGUGGUGGUGUCGUUUCUGUUGUUGAGUCCAGGGGGAGAUCUGGGGGCCAAGAGGAAGAAGAAGAAGCAGAAGAGGAAGAAAGAGAAGCCGAGCUCGGGGGGAGCCAAAUCUGACUCGGCUUCUGACUCUCAGGAGAUAAAGAACCCUGGCUUGCCCAUUCAGAAGCUGCAGGACAUCCAAAGAGCCAUGGAGCUGCUGUCCUGCCAGGGUCCAGCAAAGAGCAUCGAUGAGGCAGCCAAGCACAAGUACCAGUUCUGGGACACCCAGCCUGUGCCAAAGCUGAAUGAGGUGGUGACGAGUCACGGGCCCAUAGAAGCAGACAAAGAAAACAUUAGACAGGAGCCAUAUUCCUUACCUCAAGGCUUUAUGUGGGACACUCUGGAUCUCAGCAACGCAGAUGUACUGAAGGAGUUGUACACGUUGUUGAAUGAAAACUAUGUGGAGGAUGACGACAACAUGUUCAGAUUUGAUUAUUCACCAAACUUUCUCAAAUGGGCUCUGCGUCCACCCGGCUGGUUACCACAGUGGCAUUGUGGAGUGAGAGUGUCCUCAAAUAAGAAGCUCGUCGGUUUCAUCAGCGCCAUCCCCGCAGAUAUACGCAUCUAUGACACACUGAAGAGGAUGGUGGAAAUCAACUUCCUGUGUGUUCAUAAGAAGCUGCGCUCAAAGCGCGUCGCCCCAGUGCUAAUCAGGGAGAUCACACGGAGGGUGAACAUAGAAGGAAUAUUUCAGGCAGUAUACACAGCAGGGGUAGUACUGCCUAAACCUGUGUCCACAUGCAGGUAUUGGCACCGUUCAUUGAACCCCAGAAAACUUGUGGAAGUUAAAUUCUCCCACCUGAGCAGGAACAUGACUCUGCAAAGAACCAUGAAACUCUACAGACUACCAGAUAGCACUAAGACUCCAGGUCUGCGGCUGAUGGAGAGGCGUGACAUCAGCCAGGUCACCGAACUGCUACAGAAGUUCCUGCGACGUUUCCAGCUCGCACCCUCUAUGGGAGAGGAGGAGGUGGCUCACUGGUUCUUGCCACAGGACAACAUAAUUGACACAUUUGUAGUAGAGGGUUCCGGUGGUGUACUUACAGAUUUCACUAGUUUCUACACUCUGCCCUCAACUGUGAUGCACCACCCUCUCCAUAGGAGCCUGAAGGCUGCGUACUCUUUUUACAACGUUCAUACACAAACCCCACUACUGGACUUAAUGAAUGAUGCACUGAUCCUGGCCAAGCUGAAAGGUUUUGAUGUGUUCAAUGCCUUGGAUCUAAUGGAGAAUAAGGUGUUCCUGGAGAAGCUGAAGUUUGGCAUAGGAGAUGGAAAUCUGCAGUAUUACCUUUACAACUGGAAAUGUCCCCCCAUGGACCCCGAUAAGGUUGGCCUCGUCCUUCAGUAGCGGGUCUCUCCGCGGCUGCUACACAAACACUGAUCAAAAGGUCGAUAGCGGCCUCUGGCUACUCCUUACCUGGACGUACAGGUAGCCCAAGCUAGACAAUGAGAACUACAACAGUAAAACCAACCUGGAAGACCGGGAGACGGUUCAAGAACAUUCUCAGUUCACCCGGAGGUGAAAACUCUUAAAUCAUCAACAUCCUGAAUGUGAAAUCAUGCUAUGCCUGAGACACUCGUACAGUACAACGCUCCCGACAUGCACCCUCACAUUUAAAACACACCAGUUCGACAUACAAGAGGAUGCCUUGACAUUGUGAGUUUUGUUAAGUUCUUCUUCCUCAGCAGACACCUUGUUGCGAGGGACUGGCAUGUCAUUUAACUUCACUGACAUUGAUCUAUGUAAAUGAUAAUCAACAAGUAAACAUGACCACAAAAUGCAUUUAAAGA